AUGGCGGUAACCGUUCACGAUCUGGCCGUUCAAGAUCGUCCCGAAGCGGCGGUGGCCGCUCACGAUCCUCACAGGAUCCCCGAAGCGGCGGUGUCCGCACACAAGGCUCCCGAGGCGGCGGUGUCCGCACACAAGGUUCCCGAGGCGGCGGUGUCUGCACACAGGGUUCCCGAGGCGGCGGUGUCCGCUCGCGGCCCUCCCAAGGCGGCGGUGUCCGCACACAACGUUCCUCUCGAGGCGGCGGUGUCCGCUCACAAAGCUCCCGAUUCUCCCGAAGCAGCGGUGUUCGCUCACGUUCCUCUCGAGGCGGCGGCGCCCGCUCACAAUGCUCCCGAGGCGGCGGUGUCCGCUCACAAAGCUCCCGAUUCUCCCGAAGCGGCGGUGUUCGCUCACGUUCCUCUUGAGGCGGCGGCGCCCGCUCAUGAUCCUCUUGAGGCGGCGGCGCCCGCUCAUGAUCCUCCCGAGGCGGCGGCGCCCGUUCACAAGGCUCCCGAAGCAGCAGAGCCAGCCAUUGCCCGUUUCAGGGUGGCAGCUCCGCACACUGCUGUGGUGGCCGCUGGUUCUGCCCUGGGUCCCCAUCCCGCCGGCGCUGCCUCAGUCCCCAGGUCCCCCACCAGCACAUGGACCUGGCCCCCAUCCCUCCCCUUCCCCUGCUCCGUUCCCGCCUGGCCAUCCCCCUGGUUGGGUGCUUGGAAAUGUCUGGAAGCCAUUCCUUAGAGGGGGGGUCCUGUCAUGAAUCCGGGUCCACAAUGCUCCCUCUCACCACCAGAGGUCACUGUCUCCCGGAUUCAAUUCCCCAAACUCCACUCACCUCAUUGUUUCAUUUGCCCCAGCUGUGUUCCUGAUUGCCGUCCCUACUUAAGCUCCCUGUGUUUUCUGUUCUGGGCUCGUUUGUCUCACUUUUGUGCCAGGUAAUGCCUGUGACUUAUGUCUACCCUGUGCCUCGUGUAUGUUUUGUUUUCAGUGCUUGUUUAUUCUGGCUUUUUCCCCUUCGGGGUGGUUUCAGUUGUGUUUGUGUUUAUUUUUAUAAUUUGUAAAUAAAGAA